AUGACAGAAAGGAAGCGACUAAAAGGGGUAAAAAAUAUGCUAGAGUCCUAUACCGUCGAGCUUGAUGGCUCUGUUGAUCAUGACGACCAACAUCACCAAGAAAAAAUAAGCAAUUCAAAUGUAGACAUCGAUGUCAGUGGCAGUCGUCAAAAAAGCAAGAUUCCUGCAUUUUCCAAAUCACCAGUUCUAAAACAAUGCUACGCAGAGGUUCUUGAUGCUGCUGCAAAUUCAGUUGAAUGGCGUUUCAACAUAUCAGAUAUAUCCCAUGAACUGCCUCGGGGACAAAUAGCGAAAUCGCUCCACGAACUGGAACAAUAUAUCAGAGAAUCUUUAACUGUGCAUAUUGAACUAGGAACAUAUGAAAAUAUAGGUGUUAUAAUUGAAAAAUUGGUCACCUAUGUUAUGAAUUUGUUGUUAGAAGCAGAAUGGCUCUGUCUGUCAAAGGGAUUUUCAUCUACGUGUACCGCAGUUUUACGCGCCAUUGAUACCAAUACGAUAUCUCAGGUAGUAUCACAAUGGAUAAAGCAAGCUGGUUUGGUGAAUUCAAGAGAAACGAUUCACAGGAGGAUUUCCGACAUUCAUGCCCUGGCAAAUUGUGAUGACAUACUGAAAGUUAUGUCUGACGAUGCCAUAAUGGCUGUUGUACGAAUGUUAAAAAAAGUUGGAUUAGAAACGCAUACACAUAUUGAGGACUCAACUGUAUUGUUCUCUAGCGACGCUGUAAGCUACCAUAAAAGCAGAAUAUUUGCACUCAAGACACUUAACAUGUUGUUAUUCAAUAAGGGGUUACGCCAGACACCUGUAUCGAAUGAUCGGUCCGAAGUAAAUGAAAUAAAUUCGCUUCUGAAAAACAUGAUUAGGUUCCUAUGCAACCAAUCUGCUGACAGGGAUGUACUUUGCCAAUGCGGUGCAUCAGCUGUUGGACUUAUAUACGCCGCCCAUUAUGCCGGCAAUCUAAAACGUUUUGUGAGGGUAUUACGGACGUUCCUUGCAUCGCAUCAAUAUGUUCAAAGGAAGUUUGAGGGUGAUGAGGGUGCGUGCAUCACGCCGGAGGACAAUGCUUUAAAACGCUGCAGUUUCACAAAACCAGUCGAGAUUGCAGAAUUACUCAUUGCGUUACCGAGUAUGGGCUAUCUCGCGGUGGUAAGAGGGAUACUCACGUUCAUGUAUUGUGCCUACACAAAGAAUGUAACGGACCCUAGCGUCACAUGCGGUGCUAGGGAGCGCUCAACUAGGUUCACAGCAAGCAAACCAGUGGAUAACCAGGGUUACAAGGAUAGUUUCGUUAUCGAGGGUCUCUCUUGUUGCCACAGUAUAUUCAAAAUAUCUACACAGAGUUGCUUGCGUGUAGAUGUUAACUAUGCAACAUUGCAAGGGGUACAACUCAUGAUGUCGUUCAUUGUCAAAGACGUAUUCCACUGCAAAACAUUGUACAAUUGUCUGCUGGAACUUCCAGAAAUAAUAUUCACAUUCUGGACGCGAAAGGUUAGGAGGAUCUCCAAUCUAGCCGUGGCAACAUGGAAUAAGCUAAUGGAACUUACAUUUGCCUUGGAUAACCAAAAUGACGAUCGUGUCAUUACCGGUUACAAAGACAUGCUAGUAUCCGCGGCAACUAAUUCCUUUGGUGGUAAUUUGAAGCUCAGGUAUCUUGCAUUGCAGAAUCUACUACGAUACGUCGGGCCUGAACAACUAUUGUCUGCACAGCCGUUUCUUAUACCGCAUCUCAUGGUUUCACUUAGCGUACCUGAAAUCAAGGGCUCAGCUACAGUGUUCCUCACAGAACUGCUUUCCAAUAUCUACGAGAAGAUAAAGAAAGUAUGCAAGGAUUCCAGUAUGAUCAUGCCAGAGGGUAUCAACACCCCUCUUCUAGCGCUACAGUGUCUAACGUAUUCCGAAGUGAUUGCGAUUAUCCGUUGUAGGCAAUUGAAGAUUUCUGCAAACGUACAAGGCAUGUUGAUACCACAGCAAGAAGUACCGAACGAACAACUGGAACUACGUUCAUUUGCUAUCGCAGAGUCGUUCAAGAACAUAUUUGGUAAAAUACACAAGGAUUAUGUAUGCGAGCUGCUAAAGCUCUCAACUACAUUCACCAAUUGUAACUUUUACCAAUAUCUAAGCAAAGAAGAGCAGGAUGCAUUGAACGCCUCGGAACCAUAUGUCAUCAAUGGAUACGGGGACAUAUUCGCCCACAUCACACGGAUUGUGGACCAAAUAUGCACUAAGGUAGACGUGGAAUCUGGAGAACGUAUACUACACCUCGAUGAACCAUUCAAUUUCGCCGAAAGUAUAUGUUUGUGCAACGCCAGGAGCCUGAACAGUGUGGAUUUUGUGGACACCGUUGUGGAGGGGAAAUCAUUGAAGGGUGUAAUUAUCAACGAUUCGCCAGGGGCCUUCAAAUUCAAUGUGGCAACACUCGAUUCCCACCCUCAUGUUAGGUUGUUCUACAUACCUUUCCAAAAGUUAAAAGAUGGCCUGCUUCAUAUCAAAAGUGAUAUUUGCCUGAACGUGCUCAAGGCCAUCGCGUGCUCGCCAAAGACAAAGCAGCCGGUAGACACACUUGAAAUGGAGUUGAUGCUUUUUGCAAUACAUCACUGUAUGAAGACCUCAACACCUUCAUAUAGGCAGCAUUUUGUUGCUGCGAUAAAGCCGUUCAUUCGUAGGCUGAUAUUGAUCGUCACGGGUAAUCCGAAACUUUUGCUCAAAACUCUGUCCGAAGGGUUCGAUAUAGUCACACUAGAUCCCAAUGGGUUCACGCUUAAGGUUAAAGAGGCAGGAGAAGGGCCGGACUCAACCCCGAACGAGCAACAAAUUGUUAUGAAACAUUGCGCCUAUAUGAGCCUACUUCUCAAAAUGCUGGGAUCUACCGUUAAUCCUUGCACAAGCGAUUUCAGGAACACCACUGCACUGGAACUGAUCUACUUGACGUUCCAGAUGAUAACUGAAGAGGGUGAAUCUGUUGAGCAGAUGCUACAGAUUCUGGCGCAUGAUGUGAUACUAUCGAUGUUCAUGGCACUGUUUUACAUUUCUACACGGCAACAGGACCUAAUAAUGAAAGCGCUUCUCAUAUUACCGAAAGGGUUACUCCGUAGAGUGAUUACGAUAUACGGAGGCAGGGAGACGCUGAGUUUUGUAAUUAAGAAAGGUGCCGCGUCUCUAUGGAGUGUUAAGUCUAUGCCAUACGCAGCUGGUGCCAAAGCGCUCACCCUAUUGCUUAGGGGGAUCCCCUCCACAGAAUGUGCUAAAAUGGCACUUUUUGAAGGGUAUAUCGAGGCUGCAGUGGCCGCGGAAGAUGAGCCGGGAUCCACGGAAUCACAACAUGAAAUAGUAUUGUAUGUUCUGGAGUACCUUUUACAACAGUUGGAUAUUGUUUGCAAACUGUUGGACCGUAACCUUGAUGUAAAACACUUGGAAAAGGCAUCAUGUCCAGCAGGGCUCAUUUCACUGAUAUCUCAUUAUAUGGACUCCAUACCCGUGAAUGUCUAUGCUAAAGUUGUUAAUACAACAAGAUUUCCGGAUAUGUUCCAUGCAUUUUACAAAAAUGUGAAGAAAAUAUCGAACCAUAUACUCAAGUUCGUGGGCCGUGAGAGUGACCAAAAUGAAAAGGAUAUAAAAGGUUAUCAAAUAGACUGUCGUGGGCAUCUUAUUGCCAAAGAGACUUUACAAGAUUACCAAUUUACUAGUUCUAUUGACAAGAGUUAUCUGGAUUGUUGUGUAUGUGUCGAUAGGAUUAAAUGUUUCAAGGUUAACCUGCCAUGUACGCCAAAGUGCACUGUACCGGACGACAGUAACCUAAGACCGUUCACAGUAUUAUGCUGGAAAACUAUAUUCGAAUGUUGUACGUUCAUGUGUUCAUUGUUACAAUGGAUAUUGCCUCAAACUGUAAACGGAGCUAUUGCUUUAGAAAGUGUCCGGAAUGAUUUAAUCGAGGAUCCUGGUACAAAUAUUAAACUCUUCUAUGACACAUUUAACGAUAUUGGUAGGUAUAUAAUAGCUUCACUUAUGUCGUGCCGUCAUUUCGGUUGUACCGAUGCCUUUGCGGAUCUAAUGACCUGGUUAUGCAGGAAAUUGGUAAUUGUAGGUCUACAAGGCCUGCUGCAGGAAUGGCUCAAUAUACUUUUGGAGCAUCUAAAAGGUCAUACUGUAAAAGAUGAACAGUGGAACGAAAUAUUUGUAAUGCUGAGAGAUUCACACAGGAGAUCGGAACCUAUUGCCCGUUCAUUCACAUCGAUCCUCAAGGCAGAGAGCGACAGACAUAAACCUAUAUUGUUACCAUUUGCUGUGAACACCUUGCUGGGACUCUGUAGUCGAUUAACUGGUGCAGUGGAGACACGUGGCCGUGCAUCUACUGACCUUGAUAUUCGCAUACACUCCCUCAACAUCCUUUGCGCACUAUUCCGCUGCAAGGAACUCAGAUGGUCUAACAAUAUACACGCGGGGAACGCUCUUUGUGCUAGCUUAAGCAAUAUGGCUCAUCCAGACUGGUCUGUACGUAACUCGGCUGCAUUGCUAUUUUCCUCUAUACUACACCAUAUUACCGGGAAAGACAUUAACCAGGCAUCUACGGGCGCGCUGCUGGACCAGAAGCUCAUGCUCUGCAAUAAUGUCGAAUUAUCCAAUGAACUCAAUCGAGUCCUUGUCGAUAUACGGAAUAUGACUGUGAACAGUUCGGAGAGCUAUGAGACACUUAACCCCGUACCGGCGUAUGCCGCUCUAUACCAAAGUUCGGCAUUUGUGUUCAACCUUCUAAUCAGGAUACCACUAUACACGUUCCCUCCGGAGGUGGCGUUCACGUUAACCGAGAAUAUAUCAGCUAUAUUGUUCUCAACAAACGCAUCGAUCCGUGUAAUGGCAGGGAAGCUCCUUGCAAAGAACUGUAUGGAUACUUCGCACACAAAUUUGUCUGGCCUACUAGUGAAGAACUGUAAUAUGAUACUUUCGGAGCUGGGAUGCAGUAACCGUGUAAAUGGUAUACUGAUGCUUAUAACUGAAUGUCUCGACCUGAUUAUCGAUAACGGAUUACAUGAUAUUUGGAAAAAAGAAAAACAUGGACCUUUGCUGUUGAACCUGACGGCAGGGGUAGGAACUAUGAUAUCCGAAGGUAAAAUGACAGAGGUAGUUAAAUUGGUGUCAUCUCAACCACCGCCAGAUAUGUUGUUACUUACAAUGUACCUGGUAGUGGUUACUGCAAACUGUUUUGAGAACGUAGUACAAGUGAUCAAGAUACUUGAGAAGAUGUGUUAUAUCCAUGGCAGGUCAAUCGGUGUUGAAACCCUGGCUCUGAACCUAGUGUUCCCCCAAACACCUGGAAAUGCACAGGUUAUUGAGUGCAGCACUGUGCUUGCGCUAGUUUCGGCAUACAUACUGGGUGCGGAUGUGCUCAAACGGUGUCGUGAAAUUAUCUAUCUGGGACAAAAGGAGAUAUUGAUGAAAAAUGAUAAACUUGAGACCAUGCUUCAUAAUUUCGAAAGGAUCAGAGAGGAUGAUACAGUUAAGGUACGUGCCGCGGCGUCCCUGGUAGAUACUGUUUUUCUUAUUAACAGAGCUAAGGAAUGUGGACACUAUCGACAUGAUGUUAAACCAGGCCAAUUCGUUGAAUUCUGCAAUUUCUUACUACGAAUUUUAUCUUUCAAUCAAGGUAGACAGCGGGUGAUAUAUGCAGCAAUGGAUAGUAUCGUACACCUUUUGCAAAGCCAUAGGGUGUUCCUCUGCACAAUGUCAGAGCUCGCUAUUUUCUGGCACUUGGGAAUGGAGAUAAUGUCGAAUAAUCCACAAUUCUUUGUUUGCACUGUGGUAAUCAGGCUAUUUAGUGCUAUAGGGAUGCAAAUACUGCGCGGAAAAGUCGCGAGAAAUGAUCUUUUUGAUGAAAUAUGGGCCGAAAAACUUAUAGGCACGGUUUCUGAACGUAUGCUCUACAAUUCUGAAUUCUUCCUGGAAACAUGGAAGUGCUGCCAUAUAUAUGCCCUAAUUAGGAACGGCGACACCAGAAUACACACUAAGAUAGUGGCACUUGGAGCAGGCCUCCUUCUUAAAGCUAUAGAUCCCGGUAGUGAUGUGAAUAUCAGGAUUGCAGUGGCAUACUUUUUACGUGACUUGGCGUUACCUAUAACAGAUGCUAGUCGAUAUCGACAUAAUGCAAUAGGCAUGUAUGUAACCCAUGCCGUAGUUGCCUUGUUCGUGAUGCUACAAGACGAGAGUGAAGAUAUUCGUUCAGCGGCCACUGUAUGUUGUUCAAAAAUGUUGAAGGAGGGGGAUAGACAUAUGAUGCCUAACGUCACGGCGCACAUAGCCAUGGAUUAUCUGUUAGAAUUUACAAUAAGGGCGUUACCUCCAAUCUGGUUACCACGGGUAUUUGAGCAACUUACAAUGAUAAAUCAGGAUAUUUACAAACAAGUCAACUACAGAUUGGAAUCUAUGCAACAGAAUGUUUUGAAACGCAGGGUAUACCUGACGACAUCGGCGAUCGUCCACGAACGCCAAGAUGAAGGGUCUCAUCUUGAUGUUUUGGCCGAAAUGGAUACAGUGUUCAAUGUGGAACCACAAAAUAUGUACGCCGAAACACUGCUCUACGUAGUACAUGUAGAUUUACAGCUGUGCAAGCUUCUUAGGUCGUUGUACGAUGAAGGAACCUCGCCUAUGGCGACUGCUGACACAGCCGUAACUUUGCGCGUCUUCAUUGGAAACAGUGCACAACGGAUAAUGAACAAGCUGCGGGACCACUUAUCACAAAACUACGAGGUAUGUUUCAUACUUAUACCGUAG